AUGUUCAUGCCAGUCGACAAAGUCUGUCUCGUGUGUGACAAACCGUGCAAGGAUAAGAACUUAGUUAACCUGAAGAAAGGAGGAACGGGUUUCGCCAAGCACGAUGAUCAUCUCGAAGCUGAGGACUACAAGCAUUUGGGCAGUGGUUCUCGUUUAGGACUUGUGAGGCCAGUUAAGACAUAG